AAAGUAUUAUUUGAUGAAGUAAACGCCACAGUUAUUACAUUUACAAGAAAGAAGAAACAAAAAAAACAAGGCUAUGUCCCACAAGCAGAUUUAUUACUCUGAUAAAUAUGACGACGACAAAUUUGAGUACAGGCAUGUCAUGCUUCCUAAGGAUAUCGCUAAAAGAGUUCCCAAGACCCAUCUGAUGUCAGAGACCGAAUGGAGGAAUCUGGGUGUUCAGCAGAGUCAAGGAUGGGUACAUUACAUGAUCCAUCAGCCUGAACCACAUAUCUUGCUCUUCCGACGUCCUCUGCCUCAAUCCCAGUGACUCCAGAACCACAAA